CGAGACGACCGUGGAGCAUGGGACAGACACAAGUGGCGAGCGGUCCAACGCCCCGAAGCCCAAAACCCUCGUCGCCAUUCCGUCUCAGAUUCGAAUAAGGAAAAGAAGGACGCCUGUCCAAUGGAAUUGGGAAACUUUGGGGCUCUUUAAUGGUGAAGAAGCUGAACUGUCUCAACCUUCAAAGGAUCCUAAAUCAAAACACAAGAGCGGCAUAGCCAUUGGUACUGAUUAUGCAUAUUCAAUGGGGACGGCCGUGUGUUCUAGCUCAGAAGUGGGUGACUGCUCUCUUCAAGGCUCCAAUUCAGCGUCUGCUGAUUCUUCCAAGGCAAAGAAGAGAAUACAAGAAAUCAAUAGGUCAGUUGAAGGAUUCCUUCAUAAUCACAGGGUUGUCAAAUCCAAAACUUCAGAUCCCUGUAUCGGGACUGGUAUUGAGAAUUCCACUUCUUCAAGUUAUAUCAUCUCAUCAAUUUGUGAGAAAAGUAUGCUGAGCACAUACUGCCAAGUAGAAGGCUGCAACAUCGACCUCACUACAGCUAAAGAUUAUCAUCGGAAACAUAGAGUUUGUGAAGACCAUGCCAAGUCCCCUAAGGUUUCUGUUGGUGGUCAAGAAUGCAGGUUUUGCCAACAAUGUAGCAGAUUCCAUGCUUUGUCAGAGUUUGAUCAGAAAAAGCGAAGUUGCCGCAAACGCUUAUUUUAUCACAAUGCACGUCGACGCAAGCCACAGCUAGGUACAACCUCAUUCAGUUCUCCAACACUACCUGCAUCUCUCUACGAUGAUGGACGGCAGGCAAACCUUAUGUUUGUUAGAGCUCCAUUUAGUCAAAUGACAACCAGGGCAAGUUCGAUAAGGGAUCACUCGAGCAGCUUACAACAUACUCAAACCGGCGAAUCUUCCAUGAUGAAGUUGAGUAAAACGAAGGGCGUUAAAAGGCAACUUAUUUUUCCUUCCAGUGGUCUAUUGUUUAAUGGCUCAGCAGUUAGCCAUGAUAUGAGCUGGCUCUUACCAUCCGGAGUAGCAGCUGCGGAGGUCCCCGAUCAAGGCCUAGAACUGAAUAUCGCAUUCCGCUCAGACGGAGCAACGGAUGUUCAUAGUGCUUACUCUCUUCUGUCAACCAAAUCUCAUACUCCACCAAACAGAGGAACUACUUCUAAUUCUCAGUUUGCAUAUGCGAAUAAUAACAACGAUGCAGCUCGUCCCACAUUGCACGCAUUCGACGAAACAAAGGGCCUAGCGACAUCACUACCAUUCGGGCAACUGUCGUCAAAGACAUCCUUUGGCACGGGUUUCUUCGACUCCAGUCAACCAGGAUUGGAAAGGCACCCAAUGGAUCACAAUUUGAUUUGAAGCAAUAUAUUGAUAAUAACAUGGAUCACAAGAUUUUAUCCCACUAAGUAAGGUCGAUUAUAUGGAUUCUCAUACCGUUAAGUUUGAUCCUCUAUUAUAUUUUCAUUUAUAUUUAAAUAAAAUUUAUCCUGUUGAUUGUUACAUUGCUAAUUAAGUCUUCUUUAAUGUCCUUUUUUCUUGAUUAAUGAGGUAUUUAUUGGUCGUCAACAUAUCUAUUCAUAUCAUCUAUAUUUAAAUUGAAUUUUAUUCUUGAGUUGUAGCAAUAUGAUUCGAAAAUUAGCGAGCUGUACCUCAUCUUAACCAUCUUAUUAGUCAUCACAUUAUCCUCCCUUUCUGUCCUUUCGGAUGAGUCUAGUGACUAGCGCAUGAGGUGUUGCCACAAUGAGGUCUGGGGUUCGAAUCUCGGCAAAGCCGAGGUAAAUACUUCCUUUAUGUGCUAGUCAUUAUUCCAAAGGUUAGUAGCCGUCCGUGAUUUACCUCCUCCGUGUUAACCUUGGGACAGAUUUGCGGAAGCGCUGGGGACGAGCGUAUUCACCUUUUGUCAUAACGUUAUCCUCCCUUUCUUUAAUGAUGGACAAGAUUUGUUCACAUCAUAUGAUGAACUCCAUGAAAGCUUUGAUGGCAUAGACCUUUAGGAAAAUCUUCUAAGUGGCAUUCAUGCAUACGGCGAGACUACAUGUAGUUUUGGAAGUCAAUUGAAUCCAACAAUUAGAUUCAUUCGAUUUUGACUCGGCGAUACCUUUUUAUUUGCAAGCUAGCAACGAGGAAUAGUUCAUAGUUUGGGACUGGAAAACCUUCUACUUUCUGAUUCUGAUUCUUCGUUUAUCGAUGAAACUUGGGGUUUAGUGGCGACAAGUUAGGAUUUUUAUAUUUUUUCCGAUAAGCUUUUUCCCUUGAUUUGAGUUCUGAAGACCAGUGAUUGUUCAAAUUCCCCUAUUGGUUUAGUACUUAAUUUGUCACAUUCACAAUGGUAUAAUUUUGCAUUCAUUGUCUCCUGUUUUUUUGUUAUUGGUAUUGACGGAUGAUUAGGAAAGAUUGAAGCUUUUUAGUAAAGAUUACUUAUGCCUUUGUGCCUAUGCAUGCCAAAAAAAUUUUAGUAGUUAAUGUUUAGUUAAAAAAUUUAGUAGUUAAUGCUUAGUUAAAAAAAAGUUUGACUAAGCUGAGCAAUUUGGGAUUCUAAUUUGGACAUAUUAUUUUAGUUUAUAUGCUUUGCUUAACUACUCUAUCUUCCAAAGGAUAAUAAUGUUUUUAGAUAAAGUUUAGAGUUAUUUCUGAUUUGUUGGGCUAACUAUUUCUUAAACUAAUGUUGUUCUCUUUUUGUUUCCAAUUGAUAUUGAAUUAAUAAUAAUAAUGAUACAACUAAGCCUUUCUAAUCGGCUUAUUUUGACUAAUUUGUUUAGCUUUUAUGGAUUUUAUUUUGUUAUUCAGCUUUAGAAAAC